GUGAGUGCUUACUUGAUCGGCUACGACGCCGUGUUAGAGAUUUAUUAUUAAGUUUUCUAGAAAAAUCUAUCGGUAUGUGCGUUGCAAGGGUAGAUAUCCGUGAAGAAUAAAAAAAGGAAGGGGAAAAUAAACUUGGUGGGGAACUCUCUAUAUAUUUUUUCGAGGAGCUCAUGCAUUCCAUCAGUUGCUUCGUGACGACAAGACUCGACGGUAGUUUUUACAUAUAGUUCGAGAUGUAUACCACAGGUGCUGAAGUUAAGACCAAACGUGCAAAUUGUUACUUGCCUAUUGAGCAGGCUUCACAAUGCAAGAAAAUAAAGUGUGAAAGCGUUUCUACUGAAAAACCACGUAUUCCUGCUCGUAUCUUAGGGAGGAGAUACAUGCUGACAACUACAUCAUAUAAAUUCUUAGAAAUUGGAAUCAGUGUAGGACCUGCAUCCUACGUGGAACUCGUUCUCGGCGAUAAUCGAGGCAAUCAUUUGAUAUUACCAAAGGAAAUCUGGAAGGAGAUUAUACAUAGACGUGCGCACAUCGAGCGAUAUGUGGUGUCACCUAAUUCAUCGCCAUUAUGGAUUCGGGAUUUGUCGGUGGAAUGUCGCAUGAUGCACGGUGAUACCAUCAUAAAGCUAACAUUAUUCAACAAGUCGUUGUAUUUAAAACCGGAAACAUUGAAUAACUUAUUCAAUCUUGAGCAGUGUAUUGAUCAUAUGUAUUCAUGGUUAUAUGAAAAUACGCAUAUUGUUAAUGCUAAGUUCCAAAAAUUUGUAUGCAUUUUGCAACAAAAUGAUAUUAUUCGUAAAUGGUACGAGUCCAAAACUACUGACUGGUCUUACGCAGCUAAAGUAAUACGUGAAAGUGACGAUUUCGACAGCGAGUCUCUCGUUGACUGUGAGCUAUUGGCGUGCGCCUUGAAAGACCUUGUACAUUAUGUUCUGAAUAAUUAAUAAUAAACUAUUUUAGAUUCUCAAAGAUUUUUUUUAACUUAAUAUCCUCCCCCCCUUACCUUUCCCCCUUUAGAUGUAAGUGAAUGCGGUGGACUGGGGUUCCGACCGCCGCAGGAUGAGUCAUCUAGGAACGCGGAGUAGAUGAAAACUAGAAAUAUUGUUUUCCAUUGUGUUAUCCGUUCCGGACGGGACUUAA